AUGAACGAAUCUGUCCCGAAUGAGACGCCCCCGUCAUUGACAAUCGACUCUUACGCCAUCCAAGAGCUUGAGCAAAGGCUUUGUCAAUCGUUACACCUUAGAAUUCAAAAGGUGCCCGAACCACCAUCCAUCACUAAAAGUGAUGUGAAAGUCGCCGUUUUGUUCUCUGGUGGCCUUGAUUGCACUCUACUUGCCAGACUGUCCCAUGACAUACUUCCCAAAAAUGAGACAAUUGAUCUUCUCAACGUCGCUUUCGAGAACCCGCGAGUUGCUGCCGCAGCUGCUGGCAAGGAGGGCGCAACGGCAUCGGUCUACGAAAGCUGUCCAGAUCGCAUUACGGGUCGCGCAGCCUUCGCAGAACUGCAGAGAGUCUGCCCAGACCGCAACUGGCGCCUCGUCGCAAUAGACAUACCCUACACUGAGACUGUCGCGCACCGUGAUAUGGUGAAGCGCUUGAUGAGACCUCACAAUACAGAGAUGGACCUGUCUAUUGCGUGCGCGCUGUACUUUGCUUCUCGCGCACGAGGCAUGGCCGUCAAUAGUCGGAAUUCACCGUCCGAGCCGACACAGUACACCAGCCCAGCGAGAGUACUUCUCUCCGGCCUGGGAGCAGAUGAGUUGUUCGCAGGCUAUGCGCGACACGGAGUAGCGUUCGCCCGCGACGGUUUUAGGGGCCUCAUUGACGAGAUCCAUCUGGACGUCAGUCGUCUCGGCAAGCGAAAUCUCGGCCGCGAUGAUCGGAUCCUCUCAAACUGGGGUCGCGAGGCGCGAUACCCGUUCUUAGACGAAGAUUUCGUCUCCUACGUGCUCGAAGCCCCCGUAUGGGAGAAAUGCGGCUUCGGGGUCCCAGAACCAUCAGAAACCACUGGUGUGGAUUAUACCGGCAUCGACCCAGAGAAGAGAGCGCUCCGCCUCCUGUCCCUGAAGCUGGGCAUGGCUACUGUCGCUCGGGAAAAGAAACGAGCAAUCCAAUUCGGCUCCAGAACAGCAAAGAUGGAAAAGGGUAGAACCAAAGGAACCGAUGCACUGAGCUGA